GUGGCCGUGUAGUUCAGUUGUGAGCACGCAAACGUGGCACAGGGAUUGUAGGUGUACCUCCUCGGGCUUGUAUACCCUUUUCUUGCUAAUGGUGUGUGUGUUCUUUAGACCUUCUGAUGGCUCUAGCACUUUUGUGACCACGGACCGAGUCUUUGCUAGACUUUGGGAUUAGCAACUGACACGAGUUUAAUAUUGCACCUGCAAUUAAGAAUAAUAACGCACGCCUGAGGUGUACCACUGCUGCUAAAAAGAUAAGAACAAGAGCACAUUCAGCAGCUGCGAGAUAAGAACAUUCGAACGGGGAGGGGGGGACGGGCGGGGGGGUGAUCCAAGUAUUGGAUUUGGCACGGGGGUAGAUGCGCCGAAGGUGGGUGCAUACAUACACCUCGGAAUCUGCAAUUUUGCAGAGGAGAGGGUGGGCACUGUACACGUCGCGCCCCGUUGGCGGCUACCAGGCCACGCACGUGCAGCGGGCCACGAGUUGCCUGCCGUACAGGGGGAUCAUGUCCCUGUCCAAUCCCUUAUCCCAUGGGUUGUUGAAAGAUCUUGGCAAACUUGCAGAGUUGAAAGGACGGGGUCGGAUUCUUGACCGUCACUUCGAGACGAUAAAAACACAUGUGAAGGCGGGAAACUCCGUUGCGAAGGAGCGGUGGGACGCCAUCGAGAACCCGUGGGGGUUGAAGCAGAACGGUAUCUUCGACGAAGGAGAGUGGAUCGCGCAGAUUGAUGGUGAGAUCCAGGGCAUUACCAGCAGCACCCGCUUGUCCUUGUCAUCCCAACAAGAUGCAGCAGCGCACGAGGUGCUGCUGCACCUUCUCAGCACCGACCUGUGCUGCAGCGGGUACCGCAAGGAGGAAGGCGGCAACAUCUGCAACGCAUUCUCGAUUGGCAGCGGACAACCGACGUCAGCGCCACAACUAAGAGCGACUGACACGUCACAUGGCUCGUUGAAUCCCCCACACGGCAAUUCCGCCCUUUCCCAUCGCACCGAGCAGAUUGAGCGGACUCGUGGUGGGGUGAAAGAGUUCGUAUCCGGUAUCAGCUUCCCGCCUGCGGCCCCGGAGUCCCGCCGAUCCUGCCCUCCCUGUCCCAUGACCUUCGUGAACGAGCAAGGCCUUGGGAUCCACGUGAGAACGCAGCACAGCAGUGCAAACAUGUCCAGCGGCGUGCGGCUGCGGCGGAUGCUACGGAAGAAUCUCGAAGGGCGUGUCCUGCCGUGGGAAGAAGCCGGGCCUGGGCGUUGUUGGCACGUGAAGGUCGAUCAUGCGACGGGGGCCGCUUCGUUUGUCCUCCAGCGGAAGCGCUGUCGCGAUCUAGACUUGGAAAGCGACGGCUUUAUGGACCGCGAAACCAAGGAAACUCGUGGAGCUCCCAAGCGCAGGCGAUACGACUAUAGGUUCAAAGCCAAUGCUGUCAACCAGCUGCGUAAACUCGAGUACAACGCCGCGGACCUCUGGAAGGAGGAGGAGCGCACGCCCCUUCAGUGUUCAGAGGAUCGUCUCAAGGUUCACUACAGCAACAUCGUGAAGUGGGCCAAGGACGAGAAGGCCAUAGUUGCGGCGGCAGCAGACGACGUGAAGAAGAGCCUCCUCGCCAAGCAGCAGCCUAAGCGGUGGUUUCCUGAGGCAGAAAAGAGGCUUUACAAGAUGUUCGUGGAGCGGCGUAUGAGGAAGCUGAAGGUAUCGACCCUGUGGCUGACGAUCAUGUUCCGGAAGCUCGAGGGCACGAAAUGGGCCAAGAGGCACAACCUGUCCAAAAGACGUCGGACCAACCUCAAGAACAAGUCUGUUGAGGAGCGCCUACCAAAGAUCCAGCGCUUCCACCGACUGCUUCGCAAGCUCCUGCAAGAGCCGGUACGGUACAGGGCGCCCGAUCAGUCGGACGUAUCGGCGAUUACGACGGUCGCAGAGAGGGAGUCCAGAGUUCCNGUGCCUUUGGCAUUCGUAAACGGGCUGCUCGAUACGUGGGAGGAGCGAGGUGCGAAGCGUGUCGCCAUCUCACAGCCCUUUCCUGGCCUAGUGAAAAGGCAAUGCACCAUGCAAGUCAUCUUUGGUCCGAGUGAGAAGACCUCGCGAAUUUCGGUGAAUUUCCGAGGCACGGGGAAGCGGAUCUCGCCGGUGGAGAAGGCCGCGUACCACAAGGACGUGGACGUGUUUUUCCAGGAGAAUGCUUGGGCCGACCAAAAGUUCUGUAUGGAGUGGGCUAAGAGCUCCUACCGCGAAGGCCUGAUGCGCGGGCGGGGUGAGCUUCCCAAGGCGAGGUCCAUUAUUAUCAUGGACAACUUGCACGCGCAGACGACGGCCGAGUUCAAGGUGGAUCUUGCGAAGGAGUGCAACACUCUCGCCUGGUAUGGCCCUUCGGAGUGCACGGACGAGGUGCAGCCAGUUGAUGCAGGAGCCGGACGAUUAAUCAAGGUGGAAGCUGGGAGGCAGAUGGACAUGUGGCUCAAGCAGUCGGACAACCUCGCGAUGUGGGAAACCGCGGCGCUGACAGCUUUUGAUCGGCGGGUACUGAUCACUCAGUGGAUUGGAGCGGCCAUGGCAAGACUCAACAGCCAACAGGCGUUCCGAUUCCGCCUUUUCGAAAAGUGCGGGAUGGCCAUGACUGUGGACGGCUCAGGNGGAGCGGCCGUGGCAAGACUCAACAGCCAACAGGCGUUCCGAUUCCGCCUUUUCGAAAAGUGCGGGAUGGCCAUGACUGUGGACGGCUCAGGCGAUGAUCGGAUCACCUUGGAGGGUUUGGAAAGCCGUACACCUUCGCAAGCGAUGAAGACUGUAGCGAGGACAAAGAAGGUUUGGAGAACGGCAGCGAUGAGCCUGAGGGGCGGGGGAAGGAGGGCGCUGGACGUGAGACGGUCGUGGGGGGCGCUGAUUCCAGCGAUGAUGAAGACGACGGCGGCACGUCUCCAACCAAGACCGAUGAGCUAGCUCUUCUCGACGACGAUGACAGCAUGGACCCACAAGACCCGGAGGACGAGACACAAGGAAUGGAGAUCCCGACAGGCUUUCGCGUUCAAUAAGUUCAACCCGUUGCUCUUGACAGAUUGCUUUUGCGACGUGGAGUGCUCGUUAGGCUGGGGAUGGGGUGGUUUGGAGGGUUGAUCAUUCAGCAAUCGCAGCAGGCCGCUCGCCACCUGUACGACUACUGUGUGCAGCUGGAG